UGUUUCCUGCAGUUGCGUGAGUUGUAGUGUUCAUCUGAGUUCAGUGGAAUACAGACUGAUAGUGGAGACAAAAUGUCCCUCACUGUGAAAAACAUUUCUGUUACUUACAAUCCUAUCAAUCAGAGCAAUAUUUUUACCAGCGGGGAUUUUAUAUCGGGACAAGUGAUUCUGGAUGUAGCCAAAGACACACAUAUGCAGUCGCUCAGUGUGAAAAUUAAAGGGAAAGCUGAGGUGUGCUGGACAGAACGUCACGGUAAAACUACUAUUGUUUACUCGGACAAGGAGAAGUAUUAUUCCGUGCAGAGGUUUUUCGUUUCGGAGAACAAAACACACGGAAAUGAGAUGCUGAAAGAUCCGUCAGGACAGCCGUAUUCGUCUGUUGUGGCACCAGGGCGUCAUGUUUACCCGUUCACCUUUCAGUUGCCUCUACAGCACUUCCCACCAACAUUCAAAGGUUCAGUUGGAAAAGUUGUCUAUACUUUGGAGACAAAACUAUCCAGAUCUAUGCGUAUUUCUAGUAAAGGCAAAACAGAGUUUCACUAUAUGCCCAGACCAGAUGUGUCCAAUCCCGAACUAAUGGCACCUCAGUACGGAACAAAAGAUAAACAAAUGAAACUUUUCACCUCUGGGAGUGUCUCCAUGAACAUAAACACUGAGAAAAUGGGAUACUACCUUGGAGAAUUGUUUCAUUGUGUCUUGAAAGUCUUGGCUGAAGUUCAGAACAGUUCUUCCCGUGCAAUCAAACCAAAAUACUGCUUGUAUGAAAAACACAGUUUCUUUGCCAAAGGAAAGAGGAAACUUCACACACACAACUUGUUUAAAGAGGAAGGGGAACCCAUUGAGCCAAACUCAAGGAAAACUGUCACCAAAGAGCUGUCCAUUCCACCCAGCCUUGCCAUCUCUAUCCUAAACUGCAGGAUCCUCAAGGUUGAGUACAGACUCAGGGUCUACCUGGAUGUGCCGUAUGCCUCAGAUCCAGAGAUCAAAUUUCCAGUUGUGAUUCUUCCUCCUCAGCUUGUGUCAGGGGCUACAAACAGUGACUUUGGAGUCUGGAAUCAACCCCCAGGAAGCAACAUGUACCCCAACCCACCUGCUAUUGCUCCACAAGCCCCAACACUUAAUGUUGGACCACCUGGUCAGUUUGGUGCCCCUGGGUAUUAUGGACCUCAACUGAAUCAAUUUCCCGCUCCUAGUUUCCCUGGGCCCCCUCGGGGUCAGUUUGCUCCAUCUAGUUACCCUGGGCCCCCUCGGGGUCAGUUUUUUCCACCUAGUUACACUGGACCUCCGGAUCAAUUUGGUCCUUCAGUUUCACAUCAGCCUGACCCAUCAGCUCCACCUCCUUAUCAAGAAUAUCAGUUUUACCCACAGUUGCCGAACCACACUGAAAAAUCUUGACAAAGUGAUUUUAGAAUCACCUUAGACUUACUUUGUUAUUGUUAGAAUAUUUUGUAUAUGUAACCUUUUUUAUUUUAGGUAGUGAAGUUGACUGUUAAUAAGAUAACAACAUUCUAUAUUCUUUUUGUAUUUCUGAAACUUCAAUAUAGUGCUAUAUUUUAUAUCCUGUGAAAAAGAUAUGUCCCGCUUCAUUUGAGUACUGUAUUUCUUUAUUCUUUAAUGUGUUCUGAUUAAAACAUGUAUUCAACUAACUUAAGCGGUACUAAAUUUGCCACCAACUUAAAGGCAGCAUGAACACUUUUUAAUGUGUUAAACGGUUGCAUCACUUUCUGUAUUCAUUAUUCCAAAGUUGUGAAUUUACCAUUUCCAUAAACUGUUAAAAAUGCAUUCAGACCUUAAACUACUAGAGCACUACUGGCAUCUUUAGUGUAUUUACAUAUGGUUAGACAUCUUAUGUAUUCCCUGCUCAUAUAAUAAGUAGUUUUUAAAUCUGUUUCAGAAUUCUCGAUAUUUUCAACUAACCUUUCACAACAUUUAUUAUCACACUCCAAUCCAUAGCCUACUUUUUUGUUUACAGAUAUGAUGUAACAAGCUAGACACGUGAUUGUUUUGGGGUUUGUUUGUACGUUAUAACGUCUUCAAUUCCAAAAUUAUUUUUAUAACAAAUAAAAGCUCUUGCAGUCUUAA